GAAGAAAGAUUUCCAAUUUACUGAACACCUUCCAUUGGUUUACAUUUCGCUUGCUCUCCUGUUUUUAAACCAAAACGAAAAACAUAAAUUGGCAAAACUUUAAAAUAAUUAGUAAAACAAUGGUAAUCCGGAGAAAGGUCAUAAAGUGAUAAUUUUCGCGCGCUCAAGUGAAAACCAAAGAAACGUGUGCGGUGGGAAGUUUACGCAGCCCCGAAGUAAAGGCCAAAAAUCAAUAAGCGUGUAAGAUUUGUAAACACGACAAGCCCUCUUGAUUUUUCCCUGCGGAACAUACCCUGCCACUCCCACUUCCACGCCCCCAGUGAACUGUGACCGCCAGCUGCUGCCCAGAAAAAAAGUCCGUGAAACCGCAGAAAUAACCAUUAGCCGAAAUGGUUUCCAACUUAGCGCUGUCUUUGCUGCUGAUGAUUGCGGGAGCAGCAGCCACCGUGGAGCAGGUGGAGUACCUGGAUGCACAGCAAUCUUCGCCAGCGGAUCACCGACUCAGCAAACGCAUGGAUCUGGAGGUGUGCAUAGGUCACUUCGACGUUCAUAAAAACACCAUAAUCCGCACCGGGGAAUCCCAGGCGAUUGGAGGCAAGUACCUCCAGGGUCUCGAGCUGGACACCAUUGAGGAGUGCGAAAGGCUCUGCUGCGAAACGGACGCCUGCGACGUGUACAUCUUCGAGCGGAAGGCCGGGGGCUAUUGCUACCUCUUUGAGUGCGGGCCCCCGGAGGAUUUCCGCUGCAAGUUCACGCGCCACGCCAACUACACGAGUGCCGUUCUGAACCCGCAGCCCAGGCAGGCCAACGAAAUGGUCAGCACUCCGCGUCCGCAGUUGCCCCACAUCCCCAGCAACAAUGUGUCGCAGCAGGAAUGGGAGCUGAGCAACUUGAAGCUGAAACCGGAAGCGAGGGACAAGCCCACACUUUCCACCGCCGCGGUGGUGGUUCCCACAUCCGGAACGGGUGCGGGUUCGGGUGUGGGUGUGGGUUUGGGCCAGUCGGCAGUUUACCAAGCUCAAAGUGCUCCCGCUGCGCAUUGUGGUCGCUUCCAGUUUACCUGCCAUUCCGGCGAGUGUAUCGCGGUUUACAAUGCCUGUGAUGGAAUUCCCCAGUGCGAGGAUGGGAGCGACGAGGGACCGGAAUGCAUCACGGUAUCGUCGACGGCCACAAAGUCGGGCAGUAGCGGCAGCAACCUGGAGCCCGUGAAGCCCUUGGUUCAGCAGUAUAUGCCUGUGCAGAAUGUGCAGCAACAGUUGCAGGUCGUGGCCCAGCAGCAACAGCAACAACAACAGCAGCAGCAGCAGCAACCACAACAUGUCAUUGUUUUGGGUCCACCACCACCACCGCCGCCACCGCCGCCCAUGGUGAACAAUCGCGAAGAUGCCGCCGCCUGGGCAAACCGCAAGAUGAUUGCCGAAGGGCAGCAGCAGCAGCAAGAGCCAUUGCCGCAGCAGCAGCAACAGCAGCAAUUGCAACAGCAGCAGCAGGCAACUCAGCAGAAGGCAGCGAUCAUAAAUACCGAUGAGCAGAGCCACAUCUUCAGCCACAAAGGCGGCCUCCAAUUGCAGCAGCCUUCGAACGGCCAGGGGCAGAUCCAGCAGGGACCGGCGUCGGCGGUUCAGGUUCAGGGGCAAUCAGCACCGCUCCAGUUGCCCGGCUACGACGGCAACCAAGCUGUGUACGGCAUGUCGCUGCCACGCUCCGGAAUUUAUUUGUCACAGCAGCAACUCCCGGCAUCCGCUGGCCAGCAGCAGCAGCAGCAGGUGCCCUCCAAUGCGGUGUGGCCACCACAGACGCCUUUGGCCCCGCAGCAACAGUCGCCGGUGCAGCAGCAGCAGCAGCCAUCGCUGGCACCGCAGCAACCUGGUCAUGUCUAUGCCCCUGCUUCGGCCAUCCAAUCGCCGCCAGCCCAGCAGCAAUCCAUGCUGCCUGUCCUGAAUGCCGCACCCGCAAUGGGAAAAAAUCAGGGCCCAUCGGUGGACGGUGACUAUGAGGAUUACGACGAGGAAACCUACACAGAGGCGCCAAAGAAGAAGCAACACAAGCACAAGAAGGUCAAGGCGAAGACGGCCAAGGACCCCAUUGAACUGGCCCUGGAGCAGAAUAAGCAGCAGCAGGAUGCAACGCGGCCAGUUCUGCCCGUGCCCGUUUCCCCAGUGCACGAGCAAUACAAGAUGAUCCACGAGAACCUGGCGAUGGAGUUCCGUGACCACGACGGUCACUCGGAGCGUCCGGGCGGAGCAGUCCUCUCGCUGACCCUGGGCCUGCUGGUGACCGCCGCCCUGGCCAUCCUCAUCGGGUGCAGGAUGCGGACGGUGAGCCGGAGGGCACGACGCCUGGGCGGCAAGACGCCCUACUCCCAGGAGGCCGACUUCCUGGUCAACGGAAUGUAUCUUUAA